ACAAGUUCUACGUGAAAUUCCGAAGGUGUGAACAUAAGGAGUUCGAAUGUCUCGGCGAAAAUAUAACUUUUUGAGUUAGCUAUUGAAUUAUAAGAGCACACAACUAAAUAAAGUAAUAUUUACCACCGUUAUAUCUUUUUCGGCAGUUUGAACAAGCUGAUUGUUAAGCAAGUCUGUUUAGCUAUGACGCCUAUGGGAGUUCUGUCAUGACAGGUAGCUAGCUAGCCAGCAUUUGGGUGAUCAGAAAAAGGUUGACAGGUCCUCGGUGUGGCCUGGAGUGUGGAAUGCCACGGGACUGUCGCACCGAAAGACCAGCCACGCCAGUUCUGUCCAUGGCUGAGUCAGAAGACAGCUGUGUCAGGCGCUUCCGAGCUGCUGUCGACGUCAUACAGAAUCUCCCAAAAAACGGGGCCUACAGGCCCACCUAUGAGGUAAUGCUGCGCUUCUACGGCCUCUACAAGCAGGCUGUCUGCGGCCCCUGCAGGAUCUCCCGCCCUGGGUUCUGGGACCCCGUCGGCCGCUACAAAUGGGACGCCUGGAGUCGCCUGGGGGAGAUGAGUAGCAGCACAGCCAUGACGGCGUAUGUGGAAGAGAUGAAGAGGGUGGCACAGGAGGUGAUUGACACGGUGCCAAUGAAUGAGAAGACGGCGUCUCUCUUCCACUACUUUGAGCCUCUCUACCUCGUGAUUCAUGACAUGCCGAGACCGCCACAGGCCCUACUGAAUCUUCGAGCAGAACUGGAGGGGAGUGAACAGACAGCCAGCCCAACAGAGGCAAAGACUGAGAUCACUGAGGAACUUUCCAGGAGGCAGGAAGUCUGUCAGAGGAAGUCCAGUGACCGUCAUAGCACUUCUUUGCCUGAUGGCUUAGUACUGACGAGUGACUCAGAGAGUGAGGUCUUCUGUGAUUCUCUGGAGCAGCUGGACCACAAUAAGGACCGCACACCUGUAUCCAAGGUGACACAGGUGGGAGCUGGGCAAGGUGGAGAAGGGGCGGGAGAAGGAAGAUCUCCACCAAUGAGAGGGAGAGGCUCAGGAAGGGGGAUGCGCCAGGGGCGUCACAGGGAAGAAACACGCGGCGAGCCUCAGGGGGCCGCUCGACGGCCGGAGGGCGGGCCCCCGGGGGACGGCGGGGGAGACGGCUGGGCCGGCGGGGCGGAGAGAGUGCCGGACGUGCAGCUGCAGCAGCAGAUCGUGCUGGCGCUCCGGCGGCUGAGGGAGGACAUGCACAGCGUGAUGGAGCGGCUGGAGGCCGUGGAGAGGCUGGCAGCCGCGCAGGCUCAGAACACAGAAUGGAGGUCUGCUGAGUUCACAGCCCCUUCAACAGAGGAGAUCUGGUGGUGGCCAUUCGACGUCUCUGGACGGACAAUGCUGCUACUUCUGCUCUGGCCCUUCGUCGCGCAGGGGCUGGUGUUCCUCCAGCGCCGCGCGCACAAGAAGCCCCGCAUCGCUGCGUAGAAGGGUCCCCCACUCCAGUCCGGAGGAAAGAGAAACUGCCAUUUCAAAUCGCUGAGCCAAAUGCAGUGGAUUGGAUGCACCCUGCCAUCAUGGGGCUAUGCCUUUGUAAACCCUUUUAGUCUAUGAUGAAGCUCUGUAAAAAUGAACCACUGUUUGUUGUGACACCUCAUAGAAACUAAAAUGCACAAUACAAAACCAUUAUUUUUUGGUUUUUUUAUGCAAGAAUGUAAUUUCCUUGAAUGUUUUAAGUUUUAUUUAAACUAGAGGUAUAAUGACAUGAGCACUAUGACAGUGGAAAUGUUCAUUAUAGGGUACCUAUUUAUUUUCCCUUAGAUUAAAAGAUUUGCAGAGAUUUUAAAUUUGCCAACUAAAGAAAUGUGUCUUAAUGGCAGCGGACAAUCGGUUGAAAUUUUUGUUUUUCAAUCAUUUGUGACUUGGCAGAUGAAGGAAAUGUUUUGAAAAUGGCUGCCUGCCCAAAACGACCCCUACUUUCAGCAUGUGACUUCACUGCUGGCCUCCUGAUGUCGAAGUCAGCAUUUCCCCCUCUGGGGUAUGGGUAGAUUUUCACACCCUGUCACCUUCUGGGUCUGAAGCCUGCUAUCGGAAGAGGAGUGGAAAUGGUGCAAAACAAAAUGACUUAUCGGCUGCAUGAACUAAGGAAACCAAAUAUGCAGUAACUCAUCGCUUUGUGUAAGCAUGAACAUAAAUGGUCCUCAGCUGACCGUGAGCCACGUGCUGGGCUGUAUAAUGUGCAGUUUCCCCUCAGUCACCGUAUGCACACUAAUUCUCAUAAACAAUCCUGUAAUUAUAAAUUAUUUUAAUUGGAGGAGAAGAAAAAACAAACCAUCUGGGUGCAGUAUCAGUGAGGUUUUCUCUCUGAAAAUGCUCUCUUCCACUACAAAGGGAGAACAAAAACCAAUUUCACUAAACUAUUAUUCGACUCUAAAUGUAAUGCACAACAACCAGAAUUCAGAGAAGUCCCUCCCGAAAAAGAAUUAUCUUAAGACAUCUACCAUAACCAUUUUAUUUAACAAAUGUGCAUGGCAAUUAAAGUGAUAGUCAUUUCAAGUGGACAGCUUGAUAGACAUAUGGACUGGGGGCUCUUUAUUCUGAAUUCUGGUUUUCGAAUAACUGGUGCCUACUCAAUGUGAAGCUUGAAGAAAUAGAUUUAAAACAGGAUGAGAAUUAGCAGGAGAAUGCAAUUGAUUGUGAAAUAAUGUUUACAAAUAUUAAAUAAAAUUGUGUCCUUGCCUGGC